UGCGCAGGUCGUGGCAAGUGGAGGUUCCAUCGAGACUUGGAAAGAAGGGGUAUGCGUACGAGGCUCACCUUCACAAAGGAAGGGGGAGGAUUGGAUGUAACAGAGUAAAAUAGGUGAUGCCUCUGGAGAGUCCUUCUGAUCAGUUUCCACUGCAACUGAAGAGGACAGGAAGAGACUUUGGCAUUACUGCCGCAAUUGUUGCAGCUGUGGCUGCAUCUGCUGUUGCUGCUACAGCUGCUGGGCUUGCAUUAUCUCAGACUGUUUAACAUUAUCUGAGAGGGUGGCUGGUGCCUUGGACAUUCUGCAAACAUUGAAUGGACAAUUACACUUUGGAAUUCUGAUGCUUAAUCAGCAAGCAGCACUGUUACAAGAACAAAUAGAUAUGUUGUGGAAAUGCCAACAUAUGUUAUGUGCUUAUGGAAUGUCAGAAGUUUGUAUAACCCCUCAUGCAGCUUUUAAUGCAUCGGCCAAGGUUGCAGAAUUGAAUGCUUGUUUGUGAGGGCCUUGGAAUGGAACAUUUUUGAACUAUACAAUUCAGUUAUCACAUGCCAUUGUAAAGAUUAAUGAAACUAGAGUUGUUCCUGUAAAUAAGCAGACCUGGUGGUCAUUAAUGUCUAAAGCUGCUGGGUGGAUCACUGGAUGGGCAGGGUCUGUUUCCCUCUUAUUAAUCUGUGCAGGUGGUAUGGGAAUUGGGUUAUUUCUGCUAUGCCAGUGGCAACGCCAGUUCAUUCGACACUGACAGGUAAUCAAGCAAGCCCUUCUGGCCAUGUCACCCUCUGAAUCUGCACAAGUGUGGUUACAAAUGUUGGACAGAUAGUACCCAGAGACAGACAACUCCUGUGGUCCUCGUGCAACCUAAGGCAGGGGGCGUAAGGGCAGCCCCCUAUGAUGGGUAAGUUUGGGGAUUGCAACAGGUGACCUAAGGCAGGGGCUAUCUGAUCUUCCACAGGCUGUUCUAGCCUAUGUGUUCCAUUUGAAAAUAAAAAGGGAGGACAUGUCGGCAGCAGUAAGUUUGCUGCCUUAAUUUUAAACGCCCUUUUUUGUCCUGUCCCAGUUAAGUUGUUUGUGUAAAAAAUGUGCAGUUGGGUUCCAGAGGGUGCUGGGGAUCAGUCCCCCUGUGGUUUUUCCUGUUUGGAAAACAGUGUCCGGCUUGCCUACAGAUACAGAGUAACCAUUCCUUGACUCCUGCUGUUAGAGAGGUAUAUAAACUCCAUGUUGGGACGAGUAAAGAGAGCUGCUUCCCUGGCGAACUGAAACUGGGUGUCUAGAGUGCUGUUUAACCUCGGCGUCCCUCGCCAGAUUUCGUGCUCCAGCUGCGCGGGCCGCGGCACUCUCUCCCACUUUUUCCUCUUUGAAUCAUUUACUGUCAUCUGAUAUUUUACAAGUCAUAUUUUCACCAUUUAUCUUGUCCCGUCCUAAAGACAAUAUUGCUUAGUAAAUAUUCCACCCCUACGUUUCCCGGCCCUUCUGUAGUUCUGUGGGGCUACAUGGUCAGUUGUAGUUAGUAGCAUAUAAGCAAAAGUAAAGAGGGUUCCCCCUCCCAGUCCAGAGCAUUUAAUCAACAGUAUGUGGCACAAGAGCCCCCGCUUCCCCUACCAGAGCAACCAGUGUUGUUGCAGACGGCAACUGUGGGGACCUUUUGGAAGAGCACUCUUCACAAUGCUGAGUAUGAAUGUGAAAAAAAAAAAAUGGGGUUAUGAAACGAAAAUUCCAGAAUGAUGGAAUCUUGACUGUCACGAUUAGUACAUCCCAUUGACACUGAGGGGCUGAUUUGAUGACGAUUUAAGCACUUUCCUAUCUCCAGGAAGUCCAUGGCUUCCGCUGGACUUCAGAAAUAGUAGAGGCCAGUAUCUCCCCAUUCCCCUUUUGAUGGACACGCAGCCCUUGACCCAUUCUUCAGGUCAGGCCCUUUUCAUCUCUGAGACAAAUGCUUGUGAGAAACAGGGUUCUGGUUUAUUUGCUUGUUUUGUUUUUUUAAAUCUUUUUUUGGGGGCUCACAAUUUCAAAGGUUUCUGGGCAUGGUUAGCUGGCUGCAUCAUUUGGAGGAAUGCAUUGCAUGGUUGGUGAGGCAGAGAACUAAGGAUGCUGCUUGCUUCCUGGAGGCCAGGAGACAGACAGGCAGACAGGAAGGGGCCAGGGACAAUAUAGACCUAAGGACUGCCCUGCUUCUGCCGACUGGGUUCUACUUCCCAGUGAUGAACCAGCCUGACUCCAUCUUAAGAUUAAAAGCCAUCUUGUUACAAGGUCAAAAUAAGUUCAACCUGUUUUCUGUAAAACUUGGAUUUGACCAUGUCUUGGUUCAUUUUCUGGAAUUUGACAUGUUCCAUACCCUAUAUCCUGACCCCUACCCUGAUAAGAUGUUCUGCCAAAUAAUUUUGAGAUGUUCCUCCACAUUCCUACAUAACCAAAAAUCCUUGAAAACCCCUUGGCCUUGAAGUUUGGGGGAUAAUAUAAGCCCACUUUCUCCUAUGUUCGAUGCUAAACUCCACUUUUAACGAGAUAGCCCCAUCUGUCAGAAAAUAAAGCUUGCAUAAUCUGACCAAAGAAUUUGGAUAAUGGUCUUUACUAUCAUUUGAUGGACCGUCCUAAAGACAAUACUGCUUAGUAAAUAUUCCACCCCUACAUCUCCCGGCCCUUCUGUAGUUCCAUGGGGCUACAUGGUCAGUUAUAGUCAGUAGCAUAUAAGCAAUGCAUAUAAACACUAAAGUUAUCAACACCAUCAAUAUUAGCACCACCAUCUGGGACCCAAACGUGGGAACUGUGGGGGAUGUUUGGAUUCAAAGCACACCACUAUCUUCAUGUCUUGGACAUGUAAUGGUGAAUAACUUGCCUUUUGAGUUCAUUCUGUCUACUUCCUGGGGAUAACUUACACACACAUAUUUCAUUCAGUUUUUAUUUUAUAUUCAUGUGUCUGCCUGCGCGUAUGUCUGUGUCCACAGGAGCCAGAAGAGGGCAUCAGAUAUUCUGUGGUUGGAAUCACAGACAGGUGUGGGCUGCCAUGUAGGUGCUGGGAAUCAAUCCCAGGUCCUCUGGAAGAGCAAUCAGUGCUCUUUAACUGUUGAGCAUCUCUCCAGCCCACGUUUUAUAGAUUUGAUGUGUAUUUCUGAAAACUCGCUGGACUGUGGUUCACAGGGCUAAACAUUCCAGUUCUAUGGGUGAUGUCACAGUACCCAAGAAGGUUUUAAAGUUCCUUCUGUACUCUUACUCAGCCAUGCUGGCCACUCUGUGGCUGGUUAUUCUUUCUCUUCCCAUGCUGUGGGCCCAGAAACUAAUCAACUGUCCCUACAAGAAUGUGUGCCAGUACGCCCUGCUCUCGGGCAAUGACGUGAUCCUGGGGUGUAACCACCACAAAGCCCUAUGGUAUUUCCAUUCGUCCUUGGAGGACAAACUGUCCAUGCUCAGCUCCAUGUCUAAUGUGAAGAUACUGCCUGGGAGCAAUCUGCAGUUAUCCAACCCUCAGCCCUUCCAGACGGGGCUCUACCGCUGCCUAGAUGGUCACAUGACCCGGGUGGUGGAAUAUGAGAUUGACUUUCAGGAUAUAGCUCUGCUGCAUAUUACACACAAAGAUCUGGGCCAAAAGCCCAUGGGAAACGAGACCAUGAACCUAGGAGGCGAGGUACUCGUUUUCACCCGCUGGGAUCCUUGGCAAGAUUGUAACCGUUGUGAAAAGCCUGGUGAGCGCAAACGUCUAGGCUACUGCUAUGUGGAGGAGCCCCUAGGGAAAUCCAUGCCCUGCUGGCUCUACCUGAGAGGGGAGAAGGUGACCCACAACCGCCUGCAGCCUGAACUCCAGCUACAAGCCUGCCAGGUGCCCUGUGAAAUCGCCACAGAAAUCGACCAGCCGUACUUCGUCUUUGACACUCAUCAGCUGGACAAAAACACCAACUAUGAGUGGCUUAGCUGUCCUUUGGCUUCCAUCUACAGGUAACCAGAACAGGGCCAACAGCCCUUCUCUCGGGCCUCCAUCAGUGCUGGUCUCUGGGGGCUUACUGCUGCUAGAGGUCUCCAUCCAGUAGACAAACUCUUCCUCCACACCCAGAAGCCUUCACGGUCCGUGGGAGCCUAGAGUCACUGGUUUGCUUAGAUAUUUCCACACCAGAAAUCUCCUCUGAACUGGGAUCUGGGCAAGAGAGUCGGAGGAAGGUGGUGACUGAGCAAAGACCUAUUCCCUGCCCACACAGGCAACCUGGAGCCAGAGACUCAGGCCCAGGCUCAUCCGUGUAAACAUGGAUGUGGGUCCUGUAUGCUGAAUGGACCCUGAUGAAUAUGGUUUGCCUCUCUCUCCUUAUACCAAUGCCAUGUGUUUUAGACCUUUCUCUUUCUUUUUCUUUUUUUGAGACAAGGUCUCACUGUACAGCCCUGGCUAGCCUGGAACUUGCUAUAGACUCAGGCGGGCUUUAAACUCACAAGAGAUCUCCCUGGCUCUGCCUCCUGAAUAUAGGCAUGAAAAGCAUGCAGCACCACACCUGGAACACAUUUGGUUCUUCCUCUGUCAAUAUUUUAUGUAAGUAGGCGAAGGGUCAUGAUAGUACGUAAUAAUUAUCCGACAAAGAAGGAUCAACAGCUGUGUAUUGCAUGCAAAAACUAUUGGUAAAAACAGAUUUAUCAGGACAGCCAGAGCUAUGUAGUGAGACCCUAUCUCAAAAAAGUAAGCAAGUAAAUAAAAGCCAAAAACAAACAAGCAAAACGAAACAAAUAACCAAAAUCAGAGACUUAGAGAACUUUCUGGAAGACAGCUUAUUCGUUCCCUGGUGACCGUCCUUGGUUAUUAUAACUGAGGAGGAUAGUGUGGUUCCUUUUAAUUGCUUUUUUUUUUUAAAAUCCUCGUAAGACUCACAUAGUUACUUUUUAAUGUAAGAUUUAUUUUUAUUUUAUGUGCAUGUGUUUAUGUGCACUCCAUGUGUGUAGUGCUUACAGAGGCCAAUGGAUUGCCUGGAAAUGGAGAUACAGAGGUGAUGGCCCUUCAUGUGGGGCCUGGGAAUCGAACUUGGGGCCUCUGGAAGAUCAGCUAAUGUUUUUAAUGGCUCAGCUAAUUCUCUAGCCCUUAAAUCAGUGGUUCUCAACCUUCCUAAUGCUGCGACCCUUUAAUACAAUUUCUCAUGUUGUGGUGAUCCCCAAUCAUAAAAUUAUUUUUGUUGCUACUUCAUAACUGUAAUUUUGCUAUUGAGUGGUGUCUGAGUUCCUAAGACCAUUGGAAAUACAUGUUUCCCUAUGGUCGUGACCCACAUGUUGAAAACCGUGCCCUAAAUGGUUCCUCUAAAAUGAAAAUGUUGACUUCAGGCAUGUGAAGGUCAUUGGAAGGUCCCUCUCCACUUGACUCCCUGGGUCAGGUUCUGUUGUUAAUCUUGGUCUUUCCCAGUGGGUACUUGUUUUGUGGCUUGCAUUUUUUCCUCCUUUUCAUUCUGUCAGACUGGUGGUUUAAAAUGAGAAAUUUGAGGGGGUGGGCUGGAGAGAUGGCUCAGAGGUUAAGAGCACUGACUGCUCUUCUAGAGGAUCUCAGUUCAAUUCCCAGCAACCACAACCAUCUUUAAAGAGAUCUGGUGCCCUCUUCUGGCAUGCAGGCGUACAUGCGGGCAGAACACUAUAUACAUAAUAAAUAAAUAAAUCUUAAAAAAAAAAAAAACAAAAACACUUGAUCGCCAGUUGGUGGCACCAUUUGGACAAGGUCCAGGGAGGAGCGGCCUUGCUGGAGGAAGUCCAUCAUUGGAGGCAGGCUUUGAGAAGUUAAGGCCUCACUCCACUUCCCCUUCCUUCUCUGCUUUGGAAUGGGUUGGAAAUCUGAUCUCUCAGCUUCCUGCUCCCACUGGCAUGCUCGCUGCUUGCUGUUAAGCCUCCCCUCCAUGGUAGUCAGCCCUCUAGGACCGUAAGCCCAAAUGCACUCUUCAUUCUGUAAGUUGACUUGGUCACAGUGUUUCAUCACAGCAACAUAAAAGUACCUGACACAGCUUGAUUCUGGGGGCCAGAUCCACAUUUGUUGUUUCGUUCCAGAGGGAGACAGUUGAUUGUGGAAGACGUGGUAGCAGGCAGGGAAGGCAUGUUAGCAGGAGCAGGAGGCUGGCUGGUCACACUGCAUACUGUGUGGGGAUACAGUCCGUCAUGAAAGUGCAGAUGUGGUGUGGUUGGCUCCGUGGUGGCUGGAUCUCCUCACCUCAUAUCUUGGGACGAGAAGCAGAGAGCAGCUGGUUGUAACAUAUUUGGAAGCACUUGUUGGUAACUGUUUCUGGGUGUGUGUGUGUGUGUGUGUGUGUGUGUGUGUAUACAUAAACUUUAUAUUACUGAGUUAACUUCUUUAGUUGCAAAUAUAAAACUGUUGCUUUUUUCUUGUGAUAGUGUUGUCGAAUUUUUUUUUUCCCACAAAUUUACCCAUCAAACAUCAAGAAGUUUUGGCUUUAGCCUCUUCCAGUGAUUUGAAUGAGAAUGAUCCCUAUAGGCUCAUAGAUUUGAAUGUUAGUUCACCAGGGAGUGGUACUAUUUGAAAAGGAAGUGUGGCCUUGUUGGAGGAAGUGUGUCACUGGGGGCGGGGUGGGCUCUGAGGUUCUCAAAAGCCCAAGCCAAGCCCAGAGUCUGUCUCUCUUCCUGCUGCCUGUGGAUGCAGAUGUAGAACUCUCAGCUUCUUCUCCAGCACCAUGCCUGCACGCUGCCAUGCUCCCUGCCAUGAUGAUAAUGCACUGAACUUCUGAACUGUCAGCCAGCCCCAAUUAAAUGCCUUCCUUUUUACGAGCUGCCGUGGUCAUGGUGUCUCUUCACAGCAAUAGAACACUGACUAAGACACCUGUAUAUAGCUGUAGUAUGUUUUCAUUUUUAUUUUAUUUUAUUUUAUUUUAUUUUUUUUGUGGCUAGCCCACUCAAGGCUUUGAGCAUUCUAGAACACUCUACCACCAAGCGAUAUCAUUCCCAGCUCUUGGCCUUUUGAGGCAGGGUUUCAUUAGCCCGGACUUGCCUUGAAGUCAGUGUCUUCCUACUUCUGCCUCCUAAGUACUGGAAUUAUAGGCACACCCCACCAUUUUUAGUUCCAUUCAUUAUCUUUUUAUGUCUGUAGGAGCAGUUCUAUUAUUUUAAGUUAAUCCCAGCAUUUGGGAGGCAGAAGCAGGUAGAUCUCUGUGACUUUGAGGACAGCCUGGUCUACAAAGAGAGUCCAGGCCAGCUAGGGCUACACAGUGAGACCCUGUCUCAAACAAACAAACUAAGAUCUUCAGGAUGGCUCAGUGGGUAGAGGUGCUUGCCACCAAAUCCGAUGACCUGAGUUUGGUCCCCAGAAUACACAUGGUGGAGAAAGAGAAAUGACUUUGACACACUGUUACCAUGCUACAUGUGAGCCUGUAAUCGUACCCAUGCUUGUGCAGGUACACCCAAUGUUGUCUUAACAUUCUCCUCCGAGAUUGACACAUCCCACCCUGCAGGGAAGCUCCUUAAGCAGGAAGGCAAACAGCUCAAAACAGCUUCCGGAAGUCCCGAAACUGACCAGAUUCGCUAGGCCCCGCCCUGCCAGAGUUAGCAAUAAAAGUUACAGAGAAGGUUCUGAGACCACACCAGCUGCCUGGAAGAAGCAGAAGUGAGCUGAGCUGCCUGAAGAGGUACCGAGGCACAGGGAGAGGACACUCUCCAUGCUGUUGAGCGGCCUGCGGGCUGUGCAGUGGGCUCCAGAUUCCCAGCUGUGUGAGCUGUCACCCCUGCUGGGGUGGGCCUUGGUGAUGCAGCUGUCUGUGAGUCAUUUCUGCUCCUGUAAAUGACCCCAAUAAAACUCACUGGUUCACCAAGUUGAACUUCAAUGGUAUCCGUACCUUGGACACGGACUCCC